AUGCACGGUGAGGGGGAUUAUCUUCUUGCUGAUGAUCUGAAGCCUGAAGCAGGGAAACGUAUGGAGAAAGGUAAAGAAACUGAAAAGGGUUGGAAGAUUGUUAAGGGAAGGGGUGGUGCUGUGAAUAAACAGGAAAGAAUUCAGAUCUCUGUUGAUCCAAAAACUGUAAAAGAUCCUUCCAAGCAGGUUGGUAGUGAAAGGGGUACUGGCUUCAUAUCUGAAGGGAGGUUCAAUGUAUUAAGAGAAGGUGUAGGGUCAGGUGAGGUUGGGGGGAAUAAUGGAGGUGAUGGGUUUAGGGUUUUGAAUACAGAUUUGGAGAAACAGGGUGGUUUGGAGAAAGGGGUUUCUUUGUCAGAGCCUCAGUCUUUUUUGGUGAAGGGAAUUUCUUCGUUUGAAUUUCAGGGGGGUUUAAAUAGGCAGAUGAGACUUGAAUCUGAUCAGAGGAAUUUGGAGAGUCUGGGUGCUAUUAAUGAAGGGGCUGUUGAAAAGGCGGUGGAUGGGUCAGAUUCAUGUGAAGAAACCAAGGAGUCAGAAAGUUUUGGUAAUCAGAAGAGAGGAGGCGAAGGGUUAGAUGAUUUGGAAGGAGAGAAUAAGCUUUCUGCGUCUUCUUCUUCUUCUCCUGAAAAUAGAGAGCUCAGUUUGAGUAAUUUGAAAGAAAUGGAGAUUGAGGUGGGGAAGGAGCAUUUUUCAGUACGUGGCUUGAACAAACAAGUUUCUAUUUCUUCUAAUUCCUCUUUUCUUGUUGAUCGUCAGUAUGAGGCAAGGAAGAUGAUGGAUUUUUCUUUAGAUGAUAUUUCGGGGCUGGUGAGAAACAGAGUACCCCCAGGUAAAGGAUUUAUGUCUGAUCAAGAGAGUUUAAAAGAUUGGGCGGAGUUGUCAGAAAACUAUGAGGAAGUGUGCAAAUGAUAGAAGAUAUGGGGGCAGGGUUGGAUGAUCUGGAAAAUCAAG